UUUGCCUAUUGGAGGCAACCAAAAAGAAUGAUCUACCAGGUCAAAAGAAGAAAAGUUUGCACCAAAGCCAACUGGACCCACCAGCGCUUGGAAUAGAAACAAUGGUUUUCACCGCUAAGAGAAAGUGAAAGUAAAAAACUAAUUAAAAACAAGAGAGGAGCACUACAAAAUACCCAUUUGCAUAUUGGAGGCAACCAAAAAGAAAGAUCUACCAGAUCAAAAGAAGAAAAGUUUGCACCAAAGCCAACUGGACCCACCAGCGCUUGAAUAGAAACAAUGGUUUUCACCGUUAACAGAUAACCUCAACCUUGAAAACCCGCAAAACCAGGGCCCACUAUCUGCAUUGUUUGGUUUGCCACUAAAGACCCCACAAUAAGUUCCAACACAAACCACGCCACGCCACAGACUGAUCCGCCGUUACUAUAACAUUACGUCUUUAUUAUUAGGUGUCCUAUUGCUCCUCAAAUAAAAUAUGAGAUGUAUACCUUAACAAUUUUGAAAGCGAGGAAGAUGAAAAAAGCAUGCCAAAGAUUUGACUGCUCAGAGAAAAUUAGGUUGAGUGAAAAUGAUGAUGAGGCUCGGCAACAGCACCGCAUCUUUAUCGUCAGGUAAUUUUAGAGAAGCUGCUGUUGGAAUAUUUUCAAGGAGAAGGUCUUUGUUUACAUCUUUGCAUACUCCACUAGGUUGGUGCCCGUGCAACUGCAAAUCAGGGAAAAUCUCUAGGUGUGUGUUCCCUGAGCAAAAAAUCUCAAGAUCAAAAUCAAAAUUGUCAACUGUUUCUGCAAAUAUGUCUUUACCUUCCAAGGUCAUAGAACACAUUGUUUUUUUCAAAGUAAAAGAUGGCACUCCUCCUGAAAAAGCCAAUGCAAUGGUAUCUGCUCUGCAAGGACUGAAGUCGUUGGAUACUGUACUACAAUUAACAGUAGGACCAGUAUUGCAUGUUACUUCUGAAACUUAUAAUUUUACCCAUGCAUUGCAUAGUCGAUACAAAGACAAACAGAGUUUGGCUGACUAUUCUGGUCAUCCUCGACAUCUUAGUGUAGUGAAAGAGUUGGUUCUGCCCAUUACAGAUGACAUAUUUGCCUUUGAUUGGGAAGCUGAUCUAGAUGGGCCUAUGAUUGCAUCUUAUGGAGCUCUUAAGUUUACAGUUUUUAAUCCCAAAGAUUUGGCGCAGCCCCAAUGGUCUGAGCUGACUGAAAUCCUCAGCGGAUAUAAGAGCACAUUUCCAACGAUUGGGCAGGUUAGUUUUGGGGAGAACUUUUCACCUGCUCGAGCAAAGGGGUUUACAUGGGGUCUUUUGUCUCUCUUCCCAGGAAUCAAAGAGCUGGAUGAGCUCAAUAAAAAUGCAGAGCAUAUCCAGUUACAGGGUGAGAAGAUUCUGCCUCAGAUGGAGAAGUUUAUGGUUGUUGAUAUGACAACUUCACCAAACCCUGCAAACCUGUGAGACUGGUAUUUUGUCUGCCCAUUAGGAUAUUUAUCUAAACCAGACUGACGUUUGAUGUAUUAAUAAAGAAAGAAUUCUGGGAUUUCAAAAUGGAAUGAAAUAUACAGCAAUUAGUAUUUUGUUUUGA